CACAGUGUUUAUUUUGACAACGGUCUAAGUCACUGUAAGGGCUCUAGGACAGCACUGUCUGCUGGUACCCAGCAGAGUAAAGAAUGCCUUUCUGGACCAGCGCACAGACCCCUUCUCAUCGUCUGCUCCUUCUGCUUCCUCGGCCAUUCACAGCUUAGGUUCCGGAACACGGCAAAUCCAUUUAAAGGGCUUGGGAAUUGUCAAACCAUGGCCAGACAUCGUGCCUUAUGUUUCAUUUUACUAAUCUUACUGACUGACAAGAGUGAAGCCUGUUUUUGUGACCACUACCCAUGGACUCACUGGUCCAGCUGUUCUAAAUCCUGCAAUUCUGGAACCCAGAGCAGACAGAGACAAAUAGUAAUGAAUGAUUACUAUUGGAAUAACGCAUGUGACCGGCUUUGUACCAAGCGGGAGACCAGAGAGUGCAACGCGCAGACAUGUCCCAUCAACUGUGUCCUUGGAGACUAUGGGCCAUGGUCAGACUGUGACCCUUGUAUUGAAAAACAGAUUAAAAUUAAAUCUAUCCUGCGCCCGAGUCAGUUCGGAGGACAACCAUGCACAGAGCCCCUGGUGACCUUUCAACCGUGUGUCCCAUCCAAGCUUUGCAAAAUUGAAGAGGCUGAUUGCAAGAAUAAAUUCCUCUGUGACAGUGGGCGCUGCAUUCCCCGGAAGUUAGAAUGUAAUGGAGAAAAUGACUGCGGAGACAAUUCAGAUGAGAGGGGCUGCGGGAGAACAAAGGCGGUAUGCCCGCGGACGUACGAGCCCAUCCCUAAUGUGCAGCUGAUGGGCACUGGGUUUCAUUUUCUGGCAGGAGAGCCCAGAGGAGAUGUCCUUGAUAACUCUUUCACUGGAGGAAUAUGUAAAACUGUCAAAAGCAUUCGAGCAAGUAAUCCAUACCGUGUUCCAGCCAAUCUGGAAACUGUCAACUUCGAGGUACAAACGGUAGAAGAUGAUUUGAAAACAGAUUUCUACAAGAAUUUAAUCAAUAUUGAAAAUAAGAAAAAUGAAGCUCCUUCGUUUUCAGGUGAACAGAAACAGUUUUAUGGUGUGCCAAUUUUGUUUUCCUCAAAGACAAGUAGAAAAUUUCAACAAAACUCAGCCUUCAAGGAAGCUAUCCAAGCCUCCCACAAAAUGGAUUCUAGCUUUGUCAGGAUCCAUAAAGCAAUCAAAGUCUUAAAUUUCACAAUGAAAACGGCAGACCUGCAGCUUUCAGAUGUCUUUCAAAAAGCCCUUCACCAUCUGCCUUUAGAAUACAACUCAGCUUUGUACAGCCGGAUAUUUGAUGACUUUGGGACCCACUACUUCACUUCAGGCUCCCUCGGGGGCAAGUAUGACCUUCUCUACCAAUUUAGCAGCCAGGAGCUUAAGAACUCAGGUCUAACAGAGGAAGAAACCCAGAACUGUGUCCAGUAUGAAACAAAGAAACGCUUUCUUCUCUUUUUUACAAGCACCACAAGAGAACAGCGGUGCACAACGAAUAAGCUGUCUGAAAAAUACGAAGGUUCUUUGUUGCAGGGAGCAGAGAAAUCCAUAUCCCUGGUCCAGGGUGGGAGGAGUCAGCAAGCAGCAGCCUUGGCCUGGGAGAAGGGGAACUCUGGUCCAGAGGAGAAAGUCUUUUCUGAGUGGUUAGAAUCAGUGAAGGAAAACCCUGUUGUGAUUGAUUUUGAGCUCGCCCCAAUCACCGACUUGGUCAGAAACAUCCCGUGUGCGGUGACAAAACGGAACAACCUCAGGAAAGCGUUUCAAGAAUAUGCCGCCAAGUUUGACCCUUGCCAGUGCGCUCCGUGUCCUAAUAAUGGCCGUCCCAUGCUCUCAGGCACGGAGUGUCUGUGUGUGUGCCAGAGUGGUACCUACGGGGAGAACUGUGAGAGGCGGUCUCCAGAUUACAAGUCCGACGCAGUUGAUGGAAACUGGAGCUGCUGGUCAUCCUGGAGCACGUGCAAUGCGGCUUAUAGGAGAUCGAGAACUCGGGAGUGUAAUAACCCUGCUCCCCAGCGAGGAGGGCAGCGCUGUGAGGGCGAGCAGCGGCAAGAGGAAGACUGUACAUUCUCAAUAAUGGAAAAUGUGGGACAACCAUGUAUCAGUGACAAUGAAGAAAUGAAAGAGGUAGACCUUCCUGAGAAAGAAACAGAUUCAGGGUGUCCUCAGCCAGCUCUGCCAGAAAAUGGAUUUAUCUGGAAUGCAAAGAAACUGUACUCCGUUGGGGAGGAAGUUGAAAUUUCCUGUCUUACUGGAUUCAAAGCUGUGGGAUACCAGUACUACAGAUGUUUACCAGACAGAACCUGGAGGCAAGGAGAUGUCGAAUGCCAACGGACCGAGUGCCUCAAGCCAGUUGUUCAAGAUGUCCUGACAAUCUCCCCAUUUCAGAGAGUGUAUAAGAUUGGUGAAUCCAUUGAGCUGACAUGUCCCAAAGGCUUUGUUGUUUCUGGGCCAUCAAGAUACACAUGCGAGGGAGACUCCUGGACUCCUCCCAUUUCAAAUUCGUUGACCUGCGAAAAAGGUUCCUGCCUACGCAAGAACACUCAGUGCUGGAGUCUCCCUAGACGACCAUUUGCCCCACCACCUCACGCUGUACUCCUGUGCUGGGGCAUCCUACUCAUAUCUGCAGCCUCAACAAUUCCCUAGGUGAACCAAAUUCUCAACACCGAUUUCCCUGCUGAGCUCUAAACAGGGAUACCCAAACCCCUCUAAGUCUCAGUAGGCGAAGGGUACCACAAACCCAACAUGGGCAGAAAGAGGUCUGAUUCCUCAUCGUCCCCUGCCUGAAAUCAACCUUCCUCUGAUACUUUCCCUUCCUGAAAAGACCCCAGUGCCUCUUCUCUUAUGUAAACUAGACACUAAGAAUUAGCUUGACUGCUGUCAUAACUUACUGCAAUAUUGACAGAAUUUAUUCUAACACACACACACACACACACACACACACACACACACACACACACACUUACCUACUUCAUUCUAGUUUGCCACCUACACACAUAUAAGUUACCUACUUCUCUCUUCUGUCACAUCUGGACCCUUGUUCUACACUACCAUCCCUUUUGUACCCAAAUCACCACAAUAACACCAUAGAUCACUAUAUACCAUAGUUGUCGUCUCUAUACCUCCCCAAAGCUGUUUUUCCACUAAAGUCAGAGCUUAUCUCUUUUUCAAGACCCAAACUUGCUCUUGUUACGUGCUUCCUUGCCUAAAGACCAUCAAAGUUGUACUGCUUAGAAAAUAAAGGGGGAAUGGCCUUACUAGACACCUUAAUUCCCAUCGUGCACCACUUCCGGUUGCAUGCUACUGUUGUUCGGCACUCAGCCACACUGGCCUUCUCUCAGUUCCAGGAAAGUCACAUGCUGUCUCGUUCGGAACAUUUUCAAGCUUCUAACAGUCCCCUUGCCCUCUUCCUGACACACAUACCUCCCUGUUCCUAACCUCCCUAGUAGCAUCAAUUUUUCUGAUUGCAUGCUUUCUCUUUAAUAACACCAAUAUUGUUAGCAAUUUUCUUUGUAUCCCUGUGCUCGUUUGAUCAACAGCUGUCUGCCCCCACAAGGUAAGGCACGAUUUGCUCAGUCCAGUCUCAGAACCUAGCAGAGUGCUAAGAGCAUCAGAAAAAAUGAUCCAUCAACAUCUGAAAGACAAAGGAACGAAACUCUCACCAUUCCCAUGUUUUCUUUGUUUGUUGUUUGUUUUUGUUUUUUUCUGAGCUCAACAGCAAUUUUAGGUUGGAAAAUGGCAGAGGAAGUGAGCUGGGAAGGACAUUUCAGAUGGACUGUUUCAUGACACCUUCUUUAGAGAAGCCCCAAUGAACGAUCUGAUGCAGGAGACAAAUGAGAAGCCUUCCCCACCGCCUGCUCUCCUGAACUCAAGCUCAGCACUUGAAACCCUCGAGGACACUGUUCUC